AUGAGACUAAAUAUUGCCAUCUUCUUUGGGGCUCUCUUUGGUGCUUUGGGGGUUUUACUCUUUUUGGUGGCUUUUGGAUCGGAUUACUGGCUUCUUGCAACUGAAGUGGGGAAGUGUUCAGGUGAACAGAAUAUAGAGAAUGUCACUUUCCACCAUGAAGGAUUCUUCUGGAGAUGUUGGUUUAAUGGGAUUGCGGAAGAGAAUGAUUCCAGUAUCUGGAAGUUCUGGUACACCAAUCAGCCACCGUCCAAGAACUGCAUGCACGCUUACCUGUCACCAUAUCCCUUCACGAGAGGGGAACACAAUUCAACCUCCUAUGACUCUGCUGUUAUUUACCGUGGUUUCUGGGCAGUCCUGAUGCUUCUGGGGGUCGUCGCCGUGGUGACUGCAAGCUUUCUGAUCAUCUGUGCAGCCCCCUUCGCGAGCCAUGUUCUCUAUAAAGCCGGCGGAGGCGGGUACAUUGCUGCAGGCAUCCUGUUUUCCCUGGUGGUGAUGCUGUAUGUCAUCUGGGUCCAGGCAGUGGCUGACAUGGAAGGCUACAAAAACAUGAAAAUGAGAGACUGCUUGGAGUUCACCCCUUCUGUUCUCUAUGGCUGGUCAUUUUUUCUGGCCCCAGCGGGGAUAUUUUUUUCUUUGCUAGCAGGAUUACUAUUUCUAGUUAUUGGACGGCAUAUUCAGAUACAUCACUAA